UAUGUCAGUCUUAAUUUACAGUGGAAAGUAAAAGGCGAUGGGUGUGUUGCUUUGUGUUUAUUUCUUGUUUUAGAUAGAAACGAAUGAAUAAGUUAAAAACAAAUUUAGUGUUAAGUUUAUCUAAAAUAAUUUAAAUACUUCAGUUUGAUAUUCACACCAUUGUAAAUAUCUGCAAACAAAUUCUUGUUUUGAUUUGGUCAAUGGUUGUGUUACUGAUUGUAGUUAAAACAAAAUAUGAAACAAUUGAAUAAAUUAGUUAGUGUAAUGUUUGUGUUAAGUGAUGUCCCAUGUUUAGAAGUGUACAAUAGUAAACACGCGUGUGCUUGAUUGACUGAUUAAAGUUUACAAUAAUGGCUUUCGUAAAUAAUUAUUGUGUACAUAAACAUGGAUAUGAACUUUGAUUGUGUUGGUGUUCGAAUUUCGAAAUCACGAUGUCGUCGUCGCCGUGCCAAAAAGGCGGGAUGCGCCUCAGUGAAGCGUUGGAUAACAUGCAGCUUGCGUACAACCCGAUAACUAAGCAGUUGCAUUUUGUGAGUCCUAAAGUGGAGAAACAGGUUGAGGAUACGUCUGAUGACAUUGAUAAGCUGUCAAAGAAGAGCAGUUUCAGUGAUGAGGGUAACUUCUCCAUAUCAACUUGUGAGAAAAGUGAUACAAGUGAUUCCCCGAAGAGUACUCUGCAGUGGGGCAGUGUGAGUGGUCACCACCGAGGCAAGGAUGGUGGGUCAUUCUCAAGUACAGUCUCCAGUCUGUCUGAGUGUUCUCUCGGCUCUGCUGCCUCUAAAGACGAUGAAGUUUCCGAUGUGACUUCGCAUGACCAGGAGCAGGCUAAACUGAAGAAGAAAGGAUUGUCCGGGUUUUUCAGCAGAGGCGUAUUUCCAUGGAAAAGCAAUUCAUCGAAAAAUCACGACUCGCCAUCUUCAGUGGUGUCAUGGCGGCUCUUUGGAAGCAAGUCCAGUGGGAACUUGGCUGCGAAGACUAUAAAUUCGGAAGCUCAGAAGACUUUGACUCCAGCGUCGUCUGUAGCUAACACCCCUCAUCAUCAUAAGAGACAAGGGAGUUCUGCCAGUGAAAAGCAGUUUGAAGACUUGGUGGCUAGUUCAAUAGCUCUUAUACAGCAUGACAGGCCAUCAAAUCUCCCAGCGAAAUGUACGGAAGAAGCUCUCAGACAUAAAGCUGAACACGCUCGGAUGGUGGAAGCAGCGAGGCGGAGAGUGGAGCGGGAGGCGGCAGCCAGGCACGCCAGGAUGCAGGAGUCGUUGAGGCUGGAGGAGAGGCUCGCCAGGCACGCUAAGGAGUGGACACAGAACAUACUGCCGGAAUGGAAUAACACGAAAAAUUCAAAACGCACUCUAGAACUGUGGUGGAGCGGGCUUCCUCCAGCGGUUCGCGGCAAAGUAUGGCAGCUGGCGAUCGAGAACAAACUCAAGAUCACACACGACAUGUACCAAGACUACGUAGCGAAAGCCAAACAGAGGUUACACGAGGCACAACUCAGGAGAAAGCGGUUAAAAGUCAACAGAAACGACACAUGUAGCUGCCAAAAGGAAAAAGUCACUGAACAAAAGGAAAAACUUGGCAAACUAGACGACAUACUAGCUAAAACGGACGACAGAAUAAAAACCGACGAAGACAAACCACGUUUAGGCAUACCACGGAAUUACAGCGAACAGAAUCUCAAGUCCCAAGCCAGUGAUGCAGGGCCACAGAAGUGCUGUUCGAAAUCCAACCCUAACCUGUUAGACUAUAGUGACGAAUGUUCCAUGGAGUUGAUCCAGUUGGACAUUGCACGGACUUUCCCCCACUUGUGUAUCUUCCAGCCCGGAGGACCGUAUUUCGAUGUGUUACAUGAACUGUUGGCGGCGUACGUGUGCUAUAGACCCGAUAUUGGAUAUGUUCAGGGCAUGUCAUUCAUAGCAGCGGUGCUGAUCUUGAACAUGGAGGCGCCGCAAGCGUUCGUCUGCUUCGCCAACCUGUUGGACGGGCCUGUGCUCAGGGCUGCCUUCACUAGGGACGGAGCUACCAUGCAGCGACUAUGGAAAGCGUACACAACACUACUGCGCCACAACCUACCAUCACUAGCGGACAUUGUAGCCCCCGAGCUAUAUCUCCUAGAGUGGCUAUACACAGCCUUCGCUAAAGCUAUGCCACUGGACGCCGCCUGCAGGGUCUGGGACGUCUUCCUACGAGAUGGAGACACUUUCCUCUUUAACACUGCUCUGGGCGUCCUCCACCUAUACCAAGAAGAGUUAAAAGACAUGGACUUUAUAUCCGCCGCCCAAUUUUUAACAAAACUACCAGAAGAUUUGGACACAGAAGCCCUUUUCAAGAGCAUAUCUGCCGUGUCCUUGACCUUGGACGGAAUGUCCUUUGAGGAGCUCGCGUCUUGCUGCGAGGUCGACACGACCCUUGAUGAUGACGUCACGGUAAGGUUAUGAUACAAAAGGUCAUUUGAUUUUACACUUUUAAGGGAUUUCGUUGAAGUUCUGUCCUUUAAAGUAGGUUUAUAGUGCUGUUAAGUGGCAACACUGAAAGUAUUUUUGUAGAUUUUUUUUUGUUGUUAGCAACAUUAUUCUGAUCAUGUAAUAAUAUAUUGGGUUUUGUUGUAUAUUUAGAUUUUAGUAUUCGCAUUUUUUUUAUAUUGAGAAGCUAAUCGAUUUUAACUUGUCUUUCUAUUUCUAUCAUUAUUAUGAUGAUAAAAAUGGUUCUAAGAACAUCUUAAAGUUCGAUAGCUUAUAAUGCAGAGGAUAAAUAAACUGUUUGAUUCUAUUUCAAUGUUUUAUGAGAAAAAAUCUAUAAAAAUACUUUUAGUGUUAGGAAAGUUAACUCUUGCUCAUUGUGGUAUAAAGUGGUGUUUAAGAAAACGAAGAGCUAUAAGUAUCAUCUCGUAAAUAAAUAUUUAAUUAAUAAUUUCGUAGCGAUUUUUCAUGGAUUUAUUAUAAUUAAAACUAAAAUAAAAUCGUGUUGUACUGUGACGUGUCAUUAUUUAUAAACUAUCGUUUUUGAAUAAGUUAUUUCUAUAAUUUCCAACUGUAAAUAAAAUUAGAUAUUAUUUUCAUUAAUUACAUGUUUUUUUUAUAAUUUAAUAUUUUGAAUGAUUUAUGUGAAAUAUUCGAAUUUAUACAUAAUAAUUAUUGAAACACGCGACUGGCAGUCAAAAUGAAAUCUCAUACAAGAUUUAAAACAAUCAAGUAAUGAGACUUAGUACCUCGUCUCCGAAUUUAUUCGAUAUAACACGAACUUCUGUGAUUAUAUUAUUAAUUACAUUUAAAUAAUAUUAAUAGCUUACUAAUUACAAUUUUCGAGUACGCUCGACUAAUUUCGAACCACACCGGGGCUCAUAACAGCACAGCUUGUAACUAGUCGAGGGUACUCGAAGAAGUCACGUUAUAUGAACUAGCUAUUAAUGUUAUUUAAACCUAGUAUGUCUCAUGAUAAUUAUUGUAAAGAAAAAUAACAUAAAAUUCAAUGUAAAUAAGACCGGGGCGUGUAACGAACAUAUCAUAAUGUACGUUAGUUCUAAUUAGUCACUUGAAGUUCUGAUCUUGAGGUUGUGGGACUUUAGAUGAGUAAUUAUACAAAAGAAAGGCUCUAUUUUGCUGAUAGACUUUAUCUUUGUCAAAAAAAGUACAGACAGACGAUUUUGAUCCUUAUUCUCAGUCUUUAAGUAUGCAGUUUUCUUUGCAGCAUUAUCUGUAAGUUUGUAAAGAAAAAACAUUUCAUAUUUCGGACUAAGCUCUCUAUAUUUAACACAAACUACUUACCGCCGUACUCAGAGUCAAUAAAUGGUUACUUUACCUAGACCUUAGCAAUUGUUUUCGGAACAAUAUCGUUCCAAAAAACAGAUACAAAACUACCGGUCACCGGAGUUUCUUUCAAUAGCUUUUUGAUGGCAGUCGAAGGCUUAAUUAAUCGUUAAAUUUUUCUUGGUAUGUCAGUCUAUCAGCAAAAUAAAGCACAAUUCUAUAAUUAUUUUUCGUAUCAGCGACAAUUUUACAUCAUUAUUUAUUAUUGUUAAUAAUAUAAAAAUAAAUAAAUGUUGCAAAUAUAGUGUUGAUAUUACCGCUGCGACUACACGCGUCCAAAGUUACGCAACACACCCAAUUACGGUUAAAUUGUAGUGAAAUCCUUUUAAUUAAGUAUUUUUGUUCAUCUUUCGUUUGGUAAACGCGUGUGUAGUCGCAGCCUUAUCCAUUCCAGUACCUGUUUCUUCGAUCUAGAAUUGUCUAAGUACUAAAAUUAAAACAGUUUUAUUCCAAUAAAAUUUGAAAAAUGUUUAACGGACUGUCUGGCUUACCGAUUUCAUACAAAAAACUAUUUUUAUGUUAUCUGUUAUAACUAUCAAAUGUUUGAAAAAAUCCUUUUAAAAACACUAUAGCUAAAAAAGUAAAUGUUUUAAGAAUAAGACUGUAUUCUAUUCGAUAUUCGUAAUUAUUCUCAUGAAAGGAAAUUCUCCAAGUUAAUUACCUUUUUUUAUUUGAAACAUAAUUUCAUGUCCAUAAAAAAACGUUUCUCAGAUAAAAUUAAAUUUCGCUAAAGUUUUUGUCGAUAGAAAAGGAUGUUAGGAUAUUAUACAUAGAUGUAUAGUAUUUAUUAUGUUUAUAAUUUGAUUCAUAUUAUAUAUACAUAAUUAUAUACAAUGUAUAAUGUAAUGUUAUUUGUGUGUUUAGAAUGUAAUAAAAUUAUUGUAACUAUAAAAUGAAACUACGCGUAUUCAAGCAAUACGGUAUCACAUAUUUAUUAUGUGAUAUGUUGUAGAUUCCUAGAUUUUUAAUGUAUUUAAUUAUAAAAUAUCAUCUAAUAAUAUUAUUCCGUUGAAACAUAAUACCAUAAAAUUGUUAUACGUCAUUUUUACAGGAUAUUUACAACUGAAUCCAAAAUAAUUAAUUUUACAAGCUUUUGAGAAAGUUACUAAACUAAAUUAAUUAUUAUGUUAUCUGCUUUCUCACGUAACUGUUUGAUCAAGUACUCGCCUAGUUUUAAUCUAGCUAGAGGCUCAUAUUCAUGAGCAGCAUUCGGCGAGGUACGAUGCGACGACUAUCGCGCUACUACUGCGUGCUAGAAGUUCGAGUCCAUCACGCGUGUUCCUCUUAAAUAGUUAUGUGAGUAAGCCGAUAACAUAAUAAUUAAUUUAGUAUGUCUCACGACAGUUACAAUAAACUAAUUGACCAUGUAUACUUUUGGCUAAUGCAAACACAUUAUCCAAUAUUGAAAUUCAAAUGCAAACAAUAGGCAAUAACUCAAAUUAUCUAACGAAUAUAAAAAUAAAAUUGUAUAUAAAAUAAAUAAUUAAUAUUAAUCAAUUAAUUAUAAUUAUUAUGAUAGUCUAUGUCAAUUAUAUCUUAAUAAAUUAAUAUUGUAGUGGCGAGCUGAUAAAAUAAUUCUCUUUUACCAUCAUAGAUUUAUAUUUUUAUAUUAUGUAUACUGUAUAAUUUUAUAUUGCAGGAAUACUAAGUUAUACAAGUAUUUAUCUUGAAACGAUCUUGAAUUCUUUAGUGAUUAAUUGAAAUGUUGUAUGACUUAUUCACAAAACAAGGUUCAACAAUGUUACUCGACUAGCGUCAAGUUGUCGCGCAUACUACUUAUGAUUAUGGGCUCCUAGCGCAGCUUGAAACUGGACGAGUAACCUCGAAGAACGGUUUCGUGAAAAAACUGUACAAAAUAUUCAAUUUUAUAUAUACCAUGAUAGUUGCAUUCUUUAUAUUUAUUUUUUCUGCAAGCCACUACAAUAUUGUACUACUUAUACAUAUUAUUAUCAUUAAACUAUUAUCUAUGAAUAACAAACAACGAGUAGUAAACCGGCCUAAUAGUUAGUGAACAAGUAUCGAAACAUUCGAGAAAUUAUAUCUAAUAUUAUAUUAUUAUUAAUUAUUGUUACUGACUUGCCUUGUCAUGCGAGGUCGGACAAAGUAUAAUUAAGUUUUGCGAUUUUCGAAAAUCUCAGUAAAUAGCAAGUAACAUGGUUUUAUAACCAUGUUUAUAAAACCAUACUUGGGCGUGCUUAUGCACGCCCUCACAUAAUUGGGUGUUAAUAUUAAAUAAUAAUUGUAUAUAUGAAAAAAAAAAUGGAUGCAGAGAGUAUGCUUCAGUAUAAAUAAAUUAGUUUUUAAUGAUCUACUGAUCUGUUAUUUUGUCAGAGCACAUGCGCGCGCGCAGAUUCAGUUGUAUAGUUAUAAAGAGAUAGAUAGUGCAGUCACGUUGGCAAUCAUGCGUUCUACUGUUUAUAUCAAGUCAUUGCAGAAAAUAAACUAUAAUUAUGUGUAAAUCGUUCCAUUUAAAAUACUUCUACAACUUUUCUCAAUUUUGUCAAAAACCUGUUUUACUCAAAUGUUUUUCUGAUUGAUGUUUUUGUUAACGAAUUUUCGGAAGACUAAAUAUUUAAAAAACUACGAGCACCUAACUUCACUGACAGACUAUAAAUUAUUCCUUUAUUAAGUUAACUUUUUAAAAGUACCAUUUAUGGUUGAAUUGAAAUAAAUGCUUUGACUUUGAUUGUUCAAUUUCUAUCAACACGAUAAUGCAAAUAUUGUUUAUAGAUUAUAAAACACAAUUACAAACGGUAUAUAUAAAUGUUAUAUGUAUAUAGUAUAACUUAAUGUAAUUUUGUCUUGCCACGUGAAUAUAAAUAAAAUUAGUCAGUAAAUGUGUAAAUAAAAUAUCUAAAAUAUUAUAAUGGGAAUCUGUGAUUAUUAGAUUCCAUGUUUUCUGUAAAAUUUUUGUUUGAUAUUGUAUAAAAGUGUUAUUUCUAAUGAACAUAAAAUAUACUAUAGAUAAGAUACAUAUAAAAUAAUUAUUUUCUUUUCAAAUGUUACUUUUUAUACAUAUAUUUAUCGGUAUAAAGUAUGAUAUUUAUGAAAAUAACAAUAAUAUUUAUUUAUAAAUAUAAUAAAAAAAAACAAUUUAACAUCCUUUUCUAUCGAUUUAUAAAUGCAAGAAUCUCGCUGAAAAUUUUGAAAUGAAGUAAAUUCUAAUAAUACGAAAUGAAAAAUGAAUCUUUUUGUAUCUGAUUUGAUUAAUUUGUAGGUAAUUUAAUAAUAAUUAUGUAAUUAAAAUAUCAAUCAUAAUUUUAAAUUAACGUUGGCGUACUCUAGUAUUGUUUAUUACAGUUUCGCUAUGUCAAAAAUUGCCAAAAUGUUACUAUUCUCUCUUCUAUAUAAAAUACUGCUUGUUAUGUAUUAUAAAUAACGAUAAUACUAAAAAUAAUAUAAAUAAACACUACUAGAGUAUGCCUUCAUUAUUUGUAAGAGUCGACACUGUUUUGUGACUAGAAUUUUAUUUCCUAAACUUCAUUUAUAAAUAUGAAAAAAAUACUUAUACUUGUUUCAAACUACUUAUGACUAUUGUUCAAUAUGUUUUCUGUAAUUUUAUGAUUAUAUACAUGAAACAUAAGUAUCUGUUAUGAAGGUUUUCGAUGUUAUGCACCCUAGGUGGCGCUAGUGAGGUUUUAAGUCCUCCAUAAUAGACUUAAGCGCCACAAUAAUGCCUUUAUUAACUCGAAAUUCUUCAAUAUGAUUAUCAAAAUGCUUCUAAAUUGUCUUAAAUUAUUAUAUCCAGUAUUUAUUUAAACUUCUACUUAAAAAUUCUUAUUUCUUAUGUAUUUUAUUUCUGGUCUCAAUCAUUGUCGACUCUAGAAAGCAGUUGUGAUGAGGACUGAUAUUACUAAUGAUAAAUAAUGCCAUCUCAAUAGAAUGUAAUAUAGUUAUUCAUUGUAAAUAAAUUGUUUAGUAAGUAGUUAUUGUAAUAUUCGGCCCCAAUACAGUACGAAAGUAAUUAUCAUGUAAUUUAAUUGUAAAAUAAAUAUUAUAUGAAUCGAA